UUUAUUUCUUCUAAAAUUAGAUCUUUUCCAGGUCUUAACAGUACAAAAUGGAGGAGUUAGUGCACCUGAAGUGGAAUACCCACCAUUCAACAUUCACUGAAAAUCUUAGUAACCUUCGUGACAAGCAAGUGUUUACAGAUGUAACAAUUAGCUGUGGAGACCAGUUUUAUCCAGCUCAUCGUUUAGUCCUGUCAGCUUGCAGCAGCUUCUUUGCACGAGCUUUGUCUGUGGCCACCUGCAGAUCACCAGUCCUUUUGCUCCAUGGCAUAGAGCAGUCAACUCUAGAACAGUUGCUGGUGUUCAUGUAUGAUGGUGAGGUCACCAUAAGUCACAGCAACCUUCCUAGCCUUCUGAAAGCAGCUCGAUGGUUAGGAAUAACAGGACUACAGAGUCCUUUCAACAGGUCAGAUCUAUCGACAAUACAGUCUUCAAAUUUGCAGGGAGAUUCAUCCCAUAUUUUGGACAUAUGGACCCUUUUCAACCAAUUAGUGUCUUCAUCAGGAGAUUCCAGGACAUUAGAGCAGGUUGCAAGUACAUUACAACAAAUAAGAGCCACAUUAGAGCAAGAAGCAUGUGGAAAUAUAACAAACACAGAGACAAACACCCAACCAUCACAAAUUGAUUCGGAGCCAUUUCCUGCCAGCAAUAGUGAGGAUGAACUGGAAGCAUCUGUUGAAUUCAAACCCAUUUUAAUUGAAGGAGAUCCACACAAUCUCCUAGGCAGUGAGGAGAUGGCAGGCACAGAUAACACUGAGGGUAGAAUGAGUGAUGGAAUUACUUUUAGUAACAUCACUGAACGCUUCGUAAACAGCCCUUGUCCUUCUCGACAGAGCUUUGAGAGCAAUACCUUUGAAGGGUGGGAUAGUGAGUCUGUUUCAUACAGGAGGAAGAGUUUAGAACAGUUUGUAAAAAUUCAGACUGGUGUUGAUUCAGAAGAAAAUUCUCAAGAUAUAGUUCUGCGUUAUGAGGGUAGUUCCAGCGAACCGGAAAAGGAGAAUGUAGACCACAAACUGAAAAAUGCAACUAAAAGAUUUUUAUGCUGCAAGCACUGCAAGAAAACCUUCACCGUACGAAAAGAUUUGGUUGAACAUCUUAAGACACAUGAGUUUCGAGAUAGCUUCUGUGUAAUCUGUGAAAAGCAGUUCUCAAGCACAGAAGCCUUAGACAAACACUUACGACUGCGCAGUGUGUACUCUUGUUCAGUGUGUAGAUAUAUAACACAUUGCAAGCAGCGCCUCACCAGACAUCAUGCUAUGCAUAAGACAAAAGAAGAAAUGGUUUUAUUAAAUGACGAACAGCCUGCACCAGCAUCCCAGACUCAUACCAAGGAGAACAACACAUCUGCUGGAGAGACUUUAAAAACAGAUUCAGGUUCUUUCAGGUGUCCUGCAUGUGAUGAAAUUUUUAUUGACUACCAAGAACUUAAGACUCACAGCACCAGUGGUUGCAAUAGAUUAAUUUGUAAGUACUGCAAUAAAAUCUUCCUCCCCUCCAAAUCCAGACAGUACAAUCGCCAUCUCAAGACACACAAAAUCAAAAAAAGGUUUUCAUGUCCCUACUGCCCUUAUAUAUGUGAUCGAAAAAGAAGCCUUACAGACCACAUAUCCAAACACACAGGUGAAUACCGAUUUUCAUGUUCAUUGUGCGAUUAUAAAUGCACAAGAAAUGUGUCACUUAAGCUCCACAUGGAGAAAAAACACAAAGAUGUGAACUGUAUUCCAAAAUCUGAAUAAGGUUUACAUAGUUAUAAUUUUACCUGAUAUAUGUAUUUUUUCCCCUUAACCCAAUGCUGCUGGGAAGAUGUGAUGUUCACUGUAGUAUUGUUUUGUGAAAUAUAUUUACAGAUAGAUGGCUCCAUGAGUGCUCAGCCACCAUGGAGUUGAUUUGUAGUCUACAUCAGCUAACCUGAUUUUCGCCAUCUUUUGAGUUUUUAGGGAAAAUUUAUUUAUUAUUAUUUUUUUGUUAAUGCUGUUAACCCAUUAUUGAAAGUUGGUAUCUAAUCUAAUUAAGUUGGUAUCUAAUAUGUGCCAUAUGCAGUCAGCCAGCUCCAAGUUGUGUGCUGUAAAUACUUCUUCGCUUGUUUGGCUUUGGGCAUGGGGCUAAAGCCUUGUUUUUGUCUCUAAUGCUGGAAAAUUGUUUUUGUUAUAUACAAACACACAGAAUAAGGUAAAUAUGUGCUCCUUAUGCUUCCAAUUUUUCACUUAAGUGGCCAACCAUCCACUAUAUGGUUCAGGAAGAAGCCAUAACAUCGGGUUAAUGGUGAUUCUGUUAUUAUUAUUAUUAUUGAUAAUAUAAUUAUUACAAUGUUGUUAGCAAUACUAAUAGUAAUAUAAAAUCAAUUUUUUAUGAAAAUCAAGGAAAAUGCUAAACAAGUGAGAUAGACCAGACUAGUGAUUGACUCAUUGGUGGCUAAGCACAUGUAGAGACACCUAUGUGUAAAUACAGUAGUAAACUAAUUCCACUGUACAUGCUAUCCCUGGUGGCACUGUCAUAAUAUGUGUGUUUUGCAUGUGUGUGAGUUGGAUGCAUCUAUUCAUGUGUGUGUA